GGUUCGCCCGAAAGCUUCCAAAUCCAACAGUUCCAUUUGCCUUCCCGACCAACAACCUUCAACGCCGUCUUGAUCAGCCCAACGCGCCGUGCCGACAUAACGAACCCAUUCAUCUCGGGGUGCGGUUGUAUUCAGGAUAGCCCAUUACAUAGUGGACUCUAAAACCACCCGAAGAACUCGAUUCGAAAUCCUAACCGCAUCGAAAACUCAUCGCCCUCACGAUGCCAGCCCUUGUUUCGGCAACCGGAGUCCUGGGCUUCCUGGCGGACGAGGAGCCGGAACUUAAAGUGUUCGCCCUUAGGACCCUGAACGAUGAUCUCGACACCGUCUGGACUGAGGUGGCCGGCGCAUUGAGUCAGAUUGAGGCGCUGUACGAAGACGAGAGCUUUCCCGAGCGCCAGCUUGCCGCCCUCGUUCUCGCCAAGGUCUACUUCCACCUGCAGGCAUAUAAUGAGAGCAUGACCUUUGCGCUCGCCGCGGGCCCUCUUUUCAAGCUCGAUGCGCCGGGCGAAUUCGAGGAGACGAUCAUCUCCAAGUGCAUCGACCAGUACAUCGCCGUCUCGUCGGCUCGCCACACUCCAUCGAAGCUGUCCAAGAACGACAUUGCGCUGCCGUCUCUCGCGACCACAUUCGGUAGCGGCUCGUUCGACGGCUCGGCCUUGAUCUCGCCAACCACUCCUUUUUCCCAGUCGACGCUGCCUUCCAAGUCUCUGCUUUCCCGCGCCUCGGUCGACAACACCAUCCUGGACCCCACAUUCCAGCCCACGAAGGAGGGGAGGUCCGCCUCGGUGGCUCAGAUCACCGACAACACGACUUGGACUGCCUUGGAGAGUGCGAUUGAGCGUCUAUUUGAAAGCUGCCUGAGGGAAGGCAAAUAUCGGCAGGUUGUCGGUAUUGCUGUGGAAGCCAAAAACCUUGACGUGCUCCGCAGAGUUAUCAAGAGGGCCAGUGAGACGAAGGCGCAAGAAGGUGCCCAAAGCCCGGCGGAGGAGUUGAUGGACUACGCCCUAAGCAUUUGCAUGGAUAUCGUCCAGGAACGUGGCUUGCGGACCGAGAUUCUGCGCUUAAUUCUCGAUCUCCUCAACGAAAUUCCGAACCCGGACUACUUUGCCAUCGCGAAAUGCGUCGUCUACCUUGACUCGGACGAGGAGGCCUCCGCGCUGCUUAAGCAGCUCAUCACCAAGGGUGACAAGUCUGCGAUCGCUGUUGCGUAUCAAAUCGCAUUCGACCUCUACGACAACGGCACCCAGGAGUUCUUGGCAAAGGUCAUCAAGUCUCUCCCGUCCGGUGAGCCGCCAAAGACGCCUGAAGCACAGCAAGCGGGCGACGACGCUGCCGAGUCUGAGCCUCUUCUUGGAAACCAAAGCUCCGAGGAAGAGCUGCCAGAGGAUGUGGCCAAGGUUUACAGAAACAUCCGGUCAAUUCUCAACGGCAGCACGACUAUCAGGCUGAACCUCGAGUUCCUCUACCGCAACAACCACACAGAUCUAAGCAUUCUCAACAAGGUCCGGGACAGCUUGGAGGCGCGCAAUUCCAUCUUCCACACCGCCGUCACCUUUUGCAACGCGUUCAUGAACGCGGGCACCACUCACGACAAGUUCUUCCGGGAUAACCUGGAGUGGCUGGGCAAGGCUGUCAACUGGUCCAAGUUCACAGCGACCGCCGCGCUCGGUGUCAUCCACCGCGGCAAUAUCAGUCAAUCUCGCAAGCUUCUUGAGCCUUACCUCCCAAAGCAAGGUGGCGUGUCCAGCGGUUCCAUCUUCAGCCAAGGUGGAGCCCUCUAUGCUUAUGGCCUGAUCCAUGCAAACCACGGCGCCGAUGCCCUGGAUUACCUUGAAACCAUGUUCAAGGCGGCCGACGAGGAAAUCAUUCAACAUGGCGGCGCGCUGGGCCUCGGCAUUGCUGGAAUGGCGUGCGGCGACGAGCAGAUAUAUGAUGAGCUCACCAAGGUGCUCUUCGCUGAUUCGGCGCUCAAUGGCGAGGCUGUUGGCUUGGCUGUGGGCUUGAUCAUGCUUGGAACAGGAAACGCCAAGGCCCUCGAGACGCUGUUCACCUACGCCCAUGAAACGAGCCACGAGAAAAUCGUCCGCGGCUGUGCUCUCGGCAUGGCGCUUAUCAUGUAUGGGCGACAGGAGGGCGCCGACAGCAUGAUCGAAGGUCUCUUGAACGACCCUGACCCAACAUUGCGCUACGGUGGUAUUCUCACCGUCGCCCUUGCCUACUGUGGCACCGGAAGCAACAAGGCCGUCCGGAAGCUUCUCCACACUGCCGUGAGCGACGUCAACGACGACGUCCGCCGCAUUGCCGUGAUGAGUCUGGGCUUCAUUCUCUUCCGGAAGCCGGGCAGCGUCCCUCGCAUGGUCGAGCUGCUCGCUGAGUCGUACAACCCCCAUGUACGGUACGGCUCUGCCAUGGCCCUGGGUAUCGCAUGUGCUGGCACGGGGCUGGAUGAGGCCAUUGAUUUGCUCGAGCCCAUGAUGAAGGACCCUACCGACUUUGUCCGCCAGGGUGCGCUCAUCGCCCUCUCCAUGAUCAUGGUACAGCAGAACGAGGCCAUGAACCCCAAGGUCACCGCCAUCCGGAAAACUUUGAAGAAGGUGGUUGGAGACCGCCAUGAGGACGCCAUGACUAAGUUCGGCGCUGCACUUGCGCUCGGUAUCCUCGACGCUGGCGGCCGGAACUGCACGAUUGGCCUCCAGACCCAGACAGGCAAUCUUAACAUGGCGGGCAUUGUCGGCAUGGCCGUGUUCACUCAGUACUGGUACUGGUUCCCCUUUACUCACUUCCUGUCGCUCAGCUUUGUGCCUACGUCGAUCAUUGGCCUCGACCACGACCUCGAGAUGCCCAGCAUCAAGGUCCACUGCGCUACUCGUCCCAGCCUGUUUGACUACCCCCCCGAGCAAGAAGUCAAGGUUGAGGAAGGACCUGCCAUGGUGACCACCGCCAUUCUUUCCACCACGGCCCAGGCCAAACGUCGGGCGCAAAAGAAGGAGCGGGCUCAGCGUCGCGAGAGCAUGGACAUUGACACUCCUACGGUUACCAAGACGCCCGCACCAGCGGUUGACAAGAUGGAAGUGGACGAGGAGAAGAAGCCCAAGGCUGAGGAGCCGAAGGAGAAAGAAGGCGAUGCGGGUUCCGAGAAGGAAGGCUCGGCUGGUCCAGAUGCCAAGAAGAAAGCCGAGAAGGAGAAGGUUGGCUACGAGAUCGAGAACAUGUCGCGUGUCCUCCCCGGCCAGCUCAAGUACAUCAGCUUCCCGGCUGGGCGCUACAAGCCGGUCAAAAAGCCCACUGGCGGACCGAUUCUUCUUCACGACACGCAGAUCGAUGAGCCCAAGGACCUGAUUGAAGAGAAGCUCAAGAAGGCAACGACCGAGCGUGCUCCUGUAGCCGGUGCCGCUACGGGUGCCGCCGGCGCGACGCCUCGUAACGCCGCGCAGUCGCUGCUCUCGAACUGGUCGUCGCGGGCGAUGUCCGGCGGCAGCAGCAUCCGGGAACUGAACGAAUUGCUUCGGCUUACUGCGGGCGGAGCAGAGGGACGGGCGGCCCCGGCCGGUAUGGAAGCUGCUGCUGGCGGUGGUAGCGGAGCUGCGGCCGCUGCCGGCGUGCUCACGGCGGUGGACGAGGAUAAUGAGGGCGAUGAGGAGGCCCCGGCGCCGGCCGAUUUCGAGUACUUUACCGACGCCGAGGAGGAAGAGUAGUGGAAAUCCCUCAUCGACGCCCUUGAGCCGGAGUCGUAGAAUGGACGGGUGUAGAUGAGAGCAGCGGUGUAUGAUAGUUGUUGUAACUGUGGGGAGCGCAGAGGGAUUGAUAAUAGACUGGUCCGGCUCAUCCAGGCCUUAGGCUCUAUUCCUGACACCAUCGGUGCUCGAAAUACAGUUACAGUACAUCCCUG